AUGCCCUCGCUCCGCAACAUCCUACACAAACGCGACGGGCUCAGCACUGAACACCCAGCCCAAAAUGUCCCAACAACACCCCCAGCACCGGAGCUCAAGCUCGUCCGCUCAGACACACAUACACAGGAGAUAAUCAUCCCCCCAGCUUACCCAGCUGACUCUAACACAUACCUCACAUCACCAACCCAGGAGGACGGUUGUCUCUCCCCCCAGUCUCCCCAUUCACCACGACGCAGUUUCCAGUUCUUCCAUCGCUCCCCGGCUAGGCCAUCCUCGGCAUCUUCCCAGUCGCCGCCCCAUCGCGAGCGCCGUCUCUCGAAUCUCCUCCACCUCGACCACCGCAGUCGUAGUAACUCCCGAGACUCCUCGGCUAACAUACCCGCGGAUCUGCCGCAGAUCGAAGACAAUCACGGUGCCAGUAAACAGGAGCGCGAGGCGCAAUGGGAACAGAGAGCUACGGUGCUUGUGCAGUGGAAUCCGCAAUUCGCGCAUUCAGGCUCGUCAUUGGCUGGGCAGCAGGGUGAGAGAGAGGCGAUGGGCUUGGGGCUGGGACUGGAGCCACAAGCUCGACCGAGAAGUUCGAGUCAAACUCGCAUUAUCGCGGGUCCGACGGAAGAUGUCAAUAUUCAAGAGGCGAUUCGACUGCAUGAAUCUGGUGAUCUCGAGCGAUCAACUCAGAUGUUCGGACAACUCGCUGAUCCCAAUGGCGCAAAUAACCCAUUGAGUCAGGUACUCUUUGGCCUAGCUUUACGACAUGGAUGGGGUUGUCCUCAAGAUACAGCACGUGCCGUUACUUACCUCUCCGCCGCAGCAUCCAACUCAGCCGCCGUCGAGGCAGAGGCGUUGCAUGCCGGAGUUAAGAAAGGCGGAUCUGCUAAAGGCGAGCUCGUUCUGGCCAUGUACGAGCUAGCAAACUGCUUCCGCAAUGGAUGGGGACUGGCCAAGGAUCCUGCUGCUGCUAGACAGUAUUACGAGACUGCGGCCAACUUGGGUGACACUGAUGCCAUGAAUGAAGUUGGAUGGUGUUACCUCGAGGGCUUUGGGGGAAAGAAAGAUAAGUUCAAAGCAGCCAAGUAUUACAGACUUGCUGAGGAGAACGGAUGUCCUACUAUUGGGAAUUCAUGGAUCUGGAAAGACAAGUACAAUCCGAAAUAA